AUGGCAGCUGUAAUCGGUGACUACGUCUCUGAUCCCUCCCGUUUCCAUAACAUGAUUGCCACCCCAGGCAUUCAGCACCAACACUCGCACGAUUCCCAUUAUCGAUCCUCGAGUCGGUCAAGAGACGUUCCUACCCACCACACCUCCACGAGCCCGAGAUACCAUCCCUCUACGAGUACUCCGCCUACCCGUCAAAGGCACUCUGAACAAGACUCGGCCGAGAAGCACGCGCCGCCUAGCGGAGGUGCAUCUCGCUUCCCCUCGCCUCCAUCAUCUUCGUCGCCAACAGGUGCUAGGCCUCAGCAUGCUGAUAGCCCCGCAUACAUGGCAACCGAUUCUCGCGACGCCGGCAAUGCUGGUUCCGUAGUCGCCUCCGAACAGGCUCACCCCUCCCCUAGUCAGGAGCAACAUCAGCAGCAGCCUUCGCCCGCGUCCGAUGUCAACGGUAUUGCCGGCGUCACGACCUCAUACCCCCUCUCUGACAACUCAUCCCCCGUGCAGCAACCGCAGGGCCAGACGAUCCAUAUCCGCGAUUUGGCUCAUAUCCAGAGUCUCGCCAAGGCCGACCUAUUGUCAGGUAACGGACCCGGGAUAUUGAAUGAUCCGCCACUGCAGGCUAUGAAGUACGAGAUUAGUGCCAUGCCUAUCGGCGACAUUAUCGAGAUGGUCGCUGCUCUUCUCACCAAGAUCACCACCACCAACGACCUACAGCAUGACGCUAUGCAGCGCAACGUUGCGCAUCAGCAGCAGGCAAGCCAGAAUAACGAGUCAGGCAACGGCACGCAAAUGAGCCCGUUGAGCACGUCUGUGCUUGCUUUUCAUGGCAAGAACAUCCCUGCCAUCACAAUUCUGAGCUACUUGUCCCGCAUUCACAAGUACUGCCCGACCACCUACGAGGUGUUUUUAAGUUUACUAGUCUACUUUGAUCGCAUGACGGAGCGAGUCAACGAAAUGGUGGUCAAGCACGAGGAGGCGCGGAGGGUUUCUACUUCGCUGCCAACUCCAAGGGCACCGCCGGCCGAUGUCGAAAUGCGUGACGAAGACGACGAAACAGACUCGGAUCUUGCCGACGACGAUGAUUCGGACGAACAGAAUACAAAGGCGAGCGAGAGUACCGGUAGCAUCAUACCUCUGACAACGCCUCAAAGCGCACCACCGGCGACGUACUUUGUUGUCGACAGCUUUAAUAUCCACCGCCUAGUUAUCGCAGGCGUGACUUGCGCCAGCAAGUUUUUCUCUGAUGUCUUCUACACCAACUCUAGAUACGCCAAGGUCGGUGGACUUCCGUUAGCCGAACUCAACCAUCUCGAGCUGCAGUUUCUCCUGUUGAACGACUUCCGACUGGCGGUUCCCGUCGAAGACCUCGAGGCAUAUGCAACUAUGUUGGUCGAGUUCUACGCACGGGAAGUGGUGGCACAGCGACCACGUCCUACUACUGUUGGCGCUGGCGAUUCCUAA